GGAUAUACUAUAGUCAGAGAAUGUAUUAGAUCAUGUACAAUAUAUUUUUUGUUCUCUAUUUCGAAUUUUUAAUCCUUUGAGGAGAUUAAAUAAAAGUAUUAUAAUAGACAGGCUUUGCAAUAGGAGGGGCUUCCCCUUUGAGAUAAAUACAAGUUAAAACAAUAUAAAGUCAACUGAUACAAAAAGCAUAGUGUAGUAUAUAGGAUAUAGCAUUUUAAAACAUUAAUUCUGAAGUACGAGACAAGUCACGUCCCAUAUUGACACAGUAUCGAACGUUCUUGCAAAGAAUGAGAUCAAAGGGGUGGCUAAUACAUUUUAGUUACUCUGACUUUAAACUCCGUCAGUUUGGAGCUAGGCCACUCCCCUUUGGAGCUUCUCCAGGCGCCAGAAAAUGCUGGUCGAAAAUGGCUCUUCUCGUUAUGAAACCCUAUUUCUUUCGUAGUAGCUCUUCACUCCGGGUUAUUCUGUCCUCGUUACACAGGGGAUUGACUUUUCAUCUUCCGAAAAUGUUCAUCGAACAACAGCGGGACGUAUUUUACGCUGGUAACAAGCUGACACAAAUCUGUGUGUAGCUAUGUCAAUAAACAUGCCCUGCUCUGAAGUCACGCAAGCCACAGCUUCAUCUCCUGUGAAGGGUCUCAAGACGGGUCCUGAAGAACUUAAAGUCGUUCUGAAAUUCGCUAAACUUACCGAAAACGCCACAGUUCCAACAAAGGGAUCUGCGAAAUCUGCGGGUUAUGAUCUUUACAGUGCUUACGACUACUCCGUCGCCCCCAUGGAUAAAGUUGUAGUGAAGACAGACAUUCAGAUUGCAGUUCCCACUGGUUGCUACGGAAGAGUGGCUCCGAGGUCUGGAUUAGCUGCAAAAUACUUCAUAGAUGUUGGAGCUGGAGUUGUAGAUGAAGACUACAGAGGAAAUGUAGGAGUUGUGCUUUUCAACUUCAGUAAAGAAACAUUUGAAGUUAAAAAGGGGGAUCGUGUUGCGCAGCUGAUCUGUGAAAAAAUAUGCUACCCGGAAUUGGAGGAGCACAAGACUUUGGAUGAAACUGUUCGUGGAGCUGGUGGUUUUGGAUCCACUGGCAAAAAUUGAGACCACUUUUUUUUGGGUGUUUUCAUACUUCAAGAUUUCUGUUUAUUACUGUAUAUGCUGUAAUUAAUAAUGUUGGUUUAUGUUUGGUUCAUUUUAUGAACGUCUGCCACACAUAUUACAGAUAGUGAAGAUAUUACAGUUGGUAACUCUUACUUGUCAUUGUUUCAUAAUAAAGCAAUUUUGGCUAUUGGUUA